AAGAAGCAGAAGCAGCAGGAGCGGCAGAAGAAGAAGAAGCCGCUUCCUCCCGGGGUGCUGCAGAGUUGCCUUCGUUUUGUUGAUGAAUUUAGUCUUAUGAUGAGUUUCAGGAGUUACAAGUGAAAAGGAACUCACCGCUGCUGCCGUGGAACAGACGUGAAAAGCCUUUGAGUCAGAAGGUGAGACGGAGAUGAAGGUGACCAUCCAGCAGUGGAACGGCGUGGCGUCCUGGCUGUGGGUGGCCAACGACGAGAACUGCGGGAUCUGCAGGAUGUCUUUUAACGGCUGCUGUCCAGACUGUAAAGUCCCCGGGGACGACUGCCCGCUGGUCUGGGGUCAGUGCUCCCACUGCUUCCACAUGCACUGCAUCCUGAAGUGGCUGAACUCGCAGCAGGUGCAGCAGCAGUGCCCCAUGUGUCGCCAGGAGUGGAAGUUUAAAGAGUGAAGCUCGGACUUUUCUCUUCAAUGUAGAUACCUGUGUUUUUUGUGCCUCCAGACUGGUUUGGAACUGUGUGAAUAAAUAAACUGAAAACA